AUGCCACAGACGAGCGCGUACGCCGAGAUCUGGCUCGACAAGAAGCAGAUCGUCGGCGAGGCCGUCAAGGAUGUGGAACCCAUGUAUGGCGAGUACUACUUGGUAAGUUGUAGCGGCUUGCCAAUAUUGAAUUCGGCCCUUCAAGUCGGCUGACCGCUUUCUCACUCACAGCCUCGCAAGUUCAAGAUCGCCAUUGCAGUCCCGCCGACGAACGAUGUCGAUGUCUACUGCCACGAUCUCGGUUACAUCGCCAUCCUCGACGCGAAUAAGGAGCUCCUCGGCUUCAACAUCACGAUCGGUGGCGGUAUGGGUGUCACCCACUCAAUGAAGUCGACCUACCCUCGCUUGGCGGACGUCGUCGGCUUUUGCACGCCCGAGCAAGGUCUCGAGGUCGCCAAGGCCGUCCUGACGACGCAGCGCGAUAACGGCAACCGUGCGAACCGCAAGAACGCGCGUGUCAAGUACACCGUCGACCGCAUGGGCAUCGAUGCAUUUAAGGCCGAGGUCGAGAAACGCCUCGGGUAUAACCUCCAGCCGGCCAAGCCGUUCGAGUUUACGUCCAACGUCGAUCAGUUCGGUUGGCAGACCGGCCACGACGGCAAGAAGCACUUUACCUGCUUCGUCGAGAACGGCCGUGUUCAGGAUGAGCCGGGACGACCUUACAAGACCGGUCUUGCUGCGAUCGCCAAGGCGCACAAGGGUGUGUUCCGCCUCACCGCGAAUCAGCAUCUCAUCAUCUCCGACAUCCCCGCCGAGGAGGAGAAGACGAUUCAGUCGAUUCUUUCCAAGUACAACCUCGACAAGGUCGAUUUCUCCGGCUUGCGCUUGUCGUCGGCGGCUUGCGUCGCGUUUCCGACAUGCGGUCUUGCCAUGGCCGAGUCAGAGCGAUACCUCCCCGCCCUGAUUGACAAAGUCGAGAAGGUGAUGGAGGAGGAGGGCUUACGCAACGACUCGAUCACGAUGAGGAUGACGGGUUGCCCCAACGGGUGCGCACGACCAUGGGCCGCGGAAGUCGCCUUUGUCGGCAAGGCACCGGGCACGUACCUCAUGUUGCUCGGCGGUGGGUACUGGGGUCAACGCCUGAACAAGAUCUACCGCGAGUCGGUGAACGAGGAAGAGAUCCUGGCGAUCUUGAGGCCGAUGCUUAAGGAGUACGCGCUCGAGCGCAACGACGGUGAACGCUUCGGUGACUUUGUCAUUCGCAAGGGUUACAUCACCGCGACCGAGAGUGGGAAGCAGUUUUACGAGGGGAUGGCUCCGGGGAUGGAGGUUGAAGCAUAA